AAUCCUUAAGCUGCGUAGAUUAAUGAAGCAUACAAACCCAAAUGGCCACUAUGACUAUGCCCUAGUCCUCUCUGCUUGAUUGUUGAAACAGAUCGAUAUUACAAGCCCAAAUGGAAUCGAUGGAGGAAUCCUGGGAAAGCUUGUUCCAGGAUUUGGCAAUAGCUGGUGAUUUCAGUUUUGCUUUUGGGGCUCAUGAAUUGUUAGGCAGUGCAUCACAUGAGAACUUUGGAACUAGUUGGAAUAAUAAUAAUAAUAAUACAGAUACCUUCAACUCCGAAAAUGGCAUCAUCACGAGCAAUCCUUCAAGUUCAAAUUCUGUCUUCAUGCUACAAGACAAGGCUUCUUUUGAUGACCCUUCAAAGGGGUACUUGCAGAUUCAAACAAGAAUUAAAGAAAGAGGCAUGGCGGAGGGUAGAAACACUCGAGAACAAGAUCACUUACUUGCCGAGAGAAUAAGGAGAGGAAAGAUCACCCAGCACUUCAUUGCUCUUUCAGCCCUAAUUCCUGGCCUCAAAAGGGCGGAUAAGGCUUCUGUGCUGGAGGGAGCUAUAAAGCACGUGAAGCAGCUUCAAGAACAAGUGAAAAUAUUGGAAGAACAGACGAAGAAGAAAACUGGAGAAUCCUUGGUGUUUGUUAAGAAGUCUCAGCUGAUAUCUACGGACAUGUCGUUUAAUAAUUCAUCAGACAAUAUCAAAAACUUCCUUGAUCCCUCAGAAUCUCAUAGAACAGUAGCAGAAGCAGAUGUUGAAGCAAGGGUUUCAGACAAGAACGUGUUAAUUCGGGUCCAAUGCGAGAAACAAGAAGGAAUAAUGGUGAAGACAAUUAAGGAGAUAGAAAAAUUCCACUUGUCUGUGGUAAAUAGCAGCGUGAUGCCAUUUGGGACUUCCAUUCUGGACAUCACCAUCAUAGCUGAGAUGGAGGAUGAGUUCAACUUGGGCGGGAAAGAGCUCGCUAGAAAUCUCAGGAUGGCACUCUCACAAUCAAUGUAACUUUACAGCUGCGUUUGAAUAGGAAGGAAAUCUUCUAAAAAUAGUACCAAAAAGUUACUAUUUCCUCUGGUUUCAAAUGUACAAUCCAUUUUAUAGUGCAAAUUAUAUUACAAAAUAAGUCUUACAUUAAGGAUAUGAGGAUGAUCUUUUAAAGUUCUUCCUUGUAAAUGUUGAUAGUGCAACCGAUGGCACUCUUAGAACUCUUGGAUUGGUCAUUCACAUUGGAAAAAUAUAGGAUUUGAUGAUUUGAUCAUGGUUUUUUUCCUAAGAAACUUGUGGAAUUAAUAACUUGUAAAUCUGCAACUUAUGUUAUUAUUUUAGUUUC